GACAACGCAGGAUGAGCGUUUGUGGCCGAGGAGCGGGCCAUUCAUUUGCCGCUCUAUGGUGCGCCUUGCGCAAAGCGGCGCAGAGUCUAUCGGCCUCGUGAUGUCUCGGUUUAACAUUAUCAUGAAACCGUCGACGUAGACUGCUGCACGGGCAAGGUUUCGAAGUAAGUAGUGAUAGUUCAGCGAAACGCGAAAAUAUCUUUGUGUGAAGAUGGCACAGAAUUCACUGUGAUACACCGGGGAAUGUCGCAUUUGCCAACGAUCGCGUGGUAUUCUCGGAAUUCUGGAGUUAAACUGUCUGCUUUCGAUGUGAACACUAUAGUCGGAAGUGUGCGCCCAGUUAGUGAAUGAACGUGACUUUACUCGCUGGAGAAGAACUGCAGCCUCCAUGGAUACGUGGCUAUUAUUCUUCGCAACCAAACUGUUUCUUUUCCGCCCUCCUGACGACGUCAGAACACUUCGAAGGCGGCCGCUGCUUGAUGCUGGCACAACAGCUACUUCGAAGUGUUAAGUACUUUUUUGUACUUAACCGACGAGUGGAAACUACUCCCCUUUGAAUUAAAUGGAGAGUUCUCAAAAGCAAAGGACAUAAAUGGCAACGAUGGACCGUCUAAGCUAUUAGGAGCAUUGAAAAAAGAAUUUUCAGAUUGGAGCUAUCAGCUACAUUCUGCUGGUUCUCGCUAUAGAUCCGGAAAGCCGAACGAUUAAAAGUUGCUCCAUGUGCAGCAAAAUGACGUGGAGUUUGAGUGGGGAAACCGUUCUCGCAGACGGAACUGUCGCUGUUUUCCAUGCCGACUGCUUUGGACGGGCCAACUAGUGCCAAUUACGAUGGUUUUGAUUGACACGCCUCCGAACCACGAGCUCCUCUCGCCGCCGCUUUAUACGGUGCACAAUGCCACGUCGUCGACGGUGGUGCUGGACGCUAGUGGCGCAACGUCGGCGCUCCCGGAAGAGUUGACGUUCACGCGCAAGUCGCUGGUUCAGGUGAUCGUGUACGUGCUGCUGUUCGUGGCCGCAGCAGCCGGAAACGUGCCUGUCUUCUUGAGUCUGCUUGGCAAACGGGCGCGCAAGUCUCGCAUCAAGUUGAUGAUGUUGCACCUGGCUGUGGCGGACCUGAUCGUCACCUUCGUCAUGAUUCCUCUCGAGGUAGCCUGGCGCCUCACGGUGCGCUGGGUGGCGGGCAACGCUAUGUGCAAGAUCAUGCAGGUUCUUCGUGCGUUCGGCCCGUACCUGUCGUCCAUGGUGCUGGUGUGCAUCAGCGCGGACCGGUACUUCGCCGUGCUGCACCCGCUGAGGGUGCACGACGCCCGCAGGCGAGGAAAGUUCAUGCUGGCCGCGGCGUGGUACAUCAGCAUGGCCUGCAGCCUGCCGCAGGCGCUCAUCUUCCGCGUCAUGGAGCACCCGGAAGUUCAGGGCUUCUGGCAGUGCGUCACCUUCUCGUCGUUCCCAUCGCCCGUUCAUGAGACGCUGUACAACCUCUUCUGCCUGCUUGUACUCUACGGCAUCCCUUUUGGCGCCAUCAUUGUCUCGUAUGGCCGAAUACUUUGGGAAAUACAUCGCCAAGCGAAAGAAUCACACGCCCAGGAACCGGGCGUGGCGGACGCGGCGCCCCGCGCGCGCACGAGGCUCCGGUGCUCGGACAUGCAGCGCAUGCAGCGCGCCCAGUACCGCACCCUGCGCCUGACCGUGGUCAUCGUGCUGGCCUUCUUCUUCUGCUGGACGCCGUACGUCGUGAUGGUGCUGUGGUACCAGCUGGACGCCGAGAGCGCCAAGCACGUCGACGACUACCUCCAGUCGUCGCUGUUCAUGUUCGCCGUGUCCAACUCGUGCGUGAACCCGCUCGUCUACGGCAGCUACACGGGGCGCCUGAGUGCGGGGCGCUGCUUGUCGUCCCGCUGCUGCCAGGCCGACGCGGUCCCGGGCCGGGACGAUCAUCGGCGCUUCUCGUCCUCUUUGAGGCGGUUCUCCAAGCGCACGCUGCAUUCUUGGGUCCCGAGGACUGUGGCCGCCGCCGCCGCCGCCGCCGCCGCCGCCGCCGCUGUUCACCCCAAGGCCGAGUACGGCGCUCUCCACAGGCCGUGCUGCUCGCUGUGCGUUGCUGGCGCGCACGAAAUGUGCGUGUUCAGUGUGGACGUUUUGUGCGUGCACGCUGAGCGAGCGCCUGAAGCCCGCUCGGUGCACAGCGCGCGUUGCCUAAAGUCUAACUGCAGCUCGCCGCUCAGAAAGAACCAAAGCCUGUGAGAAAAAGGCGUGGCUUUGUUGACUUCUGGGAGCCAUGAGCGGCAAGGAAUGUUCUUGUUUCGACCAUUUAGCUCCUGGACUGAAGUCUAACAGCGUAAUGCCGAGCAUCUUGGUCACAAAGACUGAACCAAUCGGGAAUAAAAAACAUAGUGCGCUAUGUCAAGCGCGUGCCCUUCUCUCAUGGCGAUAUUACAAUGGAAGCAAAAGAACGUUGAUCUCGUCAGAAAUCUGUAUACGCGUUGUGCCUACACACAGCAAGAAUCGACACAUAGAUACGGAAAACUGGGAAAGAGUGCCUCCACCUUCCUAAUUCAGGAAAAACUUAGAUAAAAUUUAACAUAAUAUAAAUUACGAAAUAAACCCACAUACUAAAGAAAGGAUGGCAUAGUGAUCUUUCGGUCACAUACGCUCAAUGCAGGGGAAGAAAUCCCAAAGUGGGCUCUUGCUAAGUAUGAGUAUUCAACAUCCUGGUGCGUACUAACAAUUGCUUCAAGUUUGGUUAACGCGCGCACGCGUGAAAAUAUCAAUAAAGAAAAGGACAUUUUUGAGCAUGUAGGGAAAUUUCAAUCUUUAUUACACACAUUUCCUACCUUAACAGCGCUCACUGAGGCUACUCAAUGGAUGUACGCAGUAUAUGAAAUAUUGUGCUUCACCUUGAAGACACAUUUAGGUAGUUUGAGUGGGAAAAUAUAUAUACUAAAUAUUUUUACUCUUAUUGACAUUCCCAAGACACUUUACGCACUUCCAAGUGCUUAUGUGACUGUCUGUCUGUUGGUCAUAGUAUCUUACCGUAUUCCCGCAAUGUUGGCCACUGGCUAGUUCAUAGUUUAAUAGGUAAAGCACGAGUCUGCUGUACUGAUUAAACUGAGUUUGAAACCAACUGCCAGUCCAACUGCGGUCAAGGGGGAUGUAACACUGAGUAUUUACCACUCUUCAAUGAACCUUAUUGACACCACCUUGUGUCAACGGUUGUGUGCGACGGGAUACGUGCAACCCUUCAAUGACACAAAAAAAAAAUGGCCAUAACCCAUCUCACGAUGACUAUCGGCGGUAAUGCGUUUAGCAUUGAAUCAAUAUAGUGACAAGCGUAUCGCCACCGUCGAAACGAGUUUUGUGUGAAGCGAGUGCUGCAGCGGGACUCCGCUUUCGCGCUUCCCUCGGAACACUAGGCGCCAUCUAGCGCUGCCGCCGCGAAGCCUGUGCGCGGCCGCCGAAAUGCACGGCGCGCCGGUGCGUGCGAACGCCGAGGAACGCGGCGUAAUCAGUGGGCGAAGUUAGUCAGACGGAUGGUUUCGAACCCUGUCCCCUCAUCCCAACAACCCAAUGCGCAUUCGACCAUCAACUACCCAGUGAUCCAGGUAGGCGGGAAAACGGGUAGAGAAAUGCGAAGGUACGAAGCCCCCGGAAAACGCGGAAAGUACCUUAAGAACGCUAACAAAUUAAAAAUCACUACCAUUUCUUUGGUGCAGGGCUUAAUCGAACCGACGUCAUAUCUUCACACCACAGACGUUCUCGCUUCCGCCUCUUUCACAAACUUGAUCAUCAGAAUGAAGCAUCGAAAGGCGAUCUUCUUUUUCAACAUAUAUUUCAUUCCAUAGGGAUCCCAAAUGUGAGGUUGGCGUCCCAUCUUGUUGAAGUAACCUGUACAAUAACUCGUUCAUCCCUAAAACCAGUAUCGAAUCAAACCACUUCCCUUCGCUCCGUCGCUACCAUCACCGACUCCAACUUCAAAUGUGCCAUUAAAGAUGCAUUCUUUAAUUUGUAUUUUCUGCACGCCGCUGCACGUAAUUACCAUUACUUUCUGUAAAUCGCUCGAGCCUUGAACGCACUCUUAAUAAAAAAAUGAAUAAACAAACAGAUGUAUUCAAGCAAUCUUGUCUGAAUACAUACAUAUUCGCACAUGUGCCACGCGCAGACUUCGCGGAUAGAUGGUGCGCGGAGUCCAGAGGGAAGGGCGAGGGGCACCCUGCCGCACACGCGCACCACACAUGAUAUGCGGCGGCGAUACAGUUUGUGCCGCUGCAGCUUCAACGCUAAUCGCAUUAACGUGGGUAUUCAUC